GAAGCUGCCCGCCCCCCACUCCGAGAUGGGGGGUAGAUCCGGCCGCCUCCUCUUACUGCUGUCUCUGCCCAACUCUGCCGUCACCUGCUGAGGGGACCUAACCCGACGCAGCGGUCUCGUAAGGAGGAAAGGAGCCCGGCCCUCCAGGGGCAGCCGGGCCCUGCCGGCAGAGCCCACCCAUAGCCCGACCUGGAGGUGGAGGCGGCGGCGGCGGCGGCGGCGGCGGCGGCGGCGGCGGCGGCGGCGGCUGCUGCUGCAGCAAGAGAAACGAGAGAAAAUGAGCUGCACAAUUGAAAAAGCUCUUGCAGAUGCUAAAGCACUUGUUGAACGAUUAAGAGACCAUGACAAUGCAGCAGAAUCUCUGAUUGAACAAACUACGGCUCUCAACAAGCGAGUGGAAGCAAUGAAACAGUAUCAAGAAGAAAUUCAAGAACUUAAUGAGGUUGCAAGACACCGACCACGAUCUACAUUAGUUAUGGGAAUUCAGCAAGAAAACAGGCAAAUCAGAGAAUUGCAGCAAGAAAAUAAAGAAUUACGCACAUCGCUUGAGGAACACCAGUCUGCUUUAGAACUCAUAAUGAGCAAGUACCGAGAGCAAAUGUUUAGGUUGUUAAUGGCCAGCAAAAAGGAUGACCCAGGUAUUAUAAUGAAGUUAAAGGAGCAACAUUCCAAGGAAUUACAAGUACAUGUGGACCAGAUUACUGAAAUGGCAGCAGUAAUGAGGAAAGCUAUUGAAAUUGAUGAGCAGCAAGGUUGUAAGGAGCAGGAACGGAUUUUUCAACUUGAACAAGAAAACAAGGGCUUGAGAGAAAUCCUCCAAAUAACUCGAGAAUCAUUCCUGAGCCUCAAAAAAGAUGAUGCAUCAGAGAGUACAUCUUUGUCAGCAUUGGUAACCAACGGUGAUUUGAGCCUGAGAAAGAGCUGAAGAUCCUGGAAAAUCACUGAGCUUCUAUUGCACAGCUCCUAAUAAGGAACCAGGGUUUACUUUGAAAGUUGCUAAUGAAUUGAGCACCAGAAAAAUUACAAUCUUAAAUCAGCCCUUCAUUUCAUUCUUUUUGUGUUAUGUAUAAUACACUGGCAAAUGACAUUUUUAAAAGAUAUUAGCGGAAGAUCAAUA